UAACAUAUUGUCAUGUCACGAACUUUGCGUGUACGUAUUUUGGUUUUAUCAUCUUUUUUCUCGCUGCUUGUCUUCUUGUUAUACUCAGCAUUCGUUACUAAAUGGAAGUCGUAUGCAUCGCCAACUAGUGAAGAUGCUAGAAUUGAUCUUAACGCUCUUGUUUCGUAUGCUCGAUCAAACAACAAAGAACAAGACAAGGCAAUGGAACCUCCUGAUUUCAGCAGUGUGAAAACGUUGCUUCUCUUUAUUGGGUAUCCACGCAGUGGUCAUACCCUUGUGGGCUGUCUUCUUGAUGCUCAUCCGCAUGUCAUGCUAACAAAUGAAUAUGAUCUGAUAUACAAGUGGUCAACAUUUAGUGACUGGCAGAAGAGAAAGGAAUUUGUGUUUGAUGAAUUGUACAGAAAUGCUGUGGGAUUUGAUCUCAAAGUUAGGGAACGGAGUUCUCAUGUGGAAUUGAAAGAUGGUCAAUCUUCAGUGUCAAAAGCAUUUAAUUAUUCAGUGCCACAUCAAUGGAAUGGACGAUAUGAUGAAUACGUUCAGGUGAUUGGUGACAAGAAAGGUGGAAACACGUCAAGAACAUUUGCUGAUGUUAAGAGUAGAGAUCGCCUUAGAGAUAUCACGACAGUUGUGGGUGUGCCAGUUCGUUUUUUGCAUGUCAUUCGUAAUCCUUUUGACAACAUUGCAACCAUGGCAAUUCGAUCUGAGGCAAACAGACAAUUCAUAUCAGAUGGAAAGGUUUUGAACAACAAACAAGCUCUUACGAAGAACAUAAUAAAGUAUUUCAUUCGAGUCAAGGUGAACAGAGAGCUCCGUUUCACCCUCAAUGUACUGGAUGUUCACAGCGCUGACAUGAUUAAGGAUCCCAAGAGUAAUUUGUUAAGAAUUUGUAAGUUUUUACAAAUUGAGUGUGAUGACAAAUAUUUACAAGAUUGUGCAAGCAUUGUCUUCAAGAGUCCAUCAAAAACACGAAACAAUGUGGUGUGGACAAGUGACAUCAAGCACCAAAUUUACUCAGAGAUGAGAAAGUACAGCUUUUUCGAUCGAUAUAAUUUUACAAGUGACUAAGUUUGAAGUAGAGCAUUG